AUGGGCAUCGACAGCGUCGAGAGCCAUGCAGAGGUGCCAAAGAGCGCCCAGGAGACGAGGACGGCCACGACUGAGACGCCCAGGUCCCCCAGCGAGGAGCGGUUCCGGAUGCGGGGCGAGGGAUAUGAGCGGCGGGACCUUGCGCGGCUGCGGCAGCGGCACUGCGAGCUGCGGGCCGAGGAGCUGGAGGACUCUGACUUAGAACUUCAGCGCGCUUGGCUCAAGGGCACGGGCCGAUCCCCCGGGCCGACGGGUAGGCACAGCUUGCCGGCAUCCUUUGAUGGCGUGGACACAAAGCUGGCAGGGCAAGUGGACAGCCUCUCACUGGGCGCGGCUUGUGAGGAGCCGGCUGAGGGAAGAUGGAGGCGUGAGGACCUUCGGAGCAACGCCCAAGGUGACGCAAACUGCGAGACUGCCAAGGCGGAGCACCGGGCGGAGGUUCUAGUUCGUCGCGGCCACGCGUGCUGGCGGGAGUUCCGGUACCACGCGGCGCUGCAGGACUUCGAGGAGGCGGCUGCCCUGGAAGCGCCGGGAGGCCCCGCGGCCUUGUCCCUGCUGUGCCUGCGCUUUUGCCUGGGUGUUGAUCUAGGCUGCAGAGAUCUGGUGGGCCACGACACGGCGAAGGCCCUAGCCGAGGGCCUCACGCAGCUCUGGCGCCAGUGCUGGGAGCGCCACGCGCGCCAGCUGCGGAUCUUGCGGCCCAGAAAGUCCUUGACGGGGCCCAGUGAGGAGCUGCGCUAUGAGGGCGGUAUGGAGAUCAUGGACGGCACCUGCGCAGUGGGUGCCGGGGAAGCGACCGCUGAGGUCGGAUACCGCCUGCAUGUCAACCGCAGAUCCAAGGCGAAGGAGACGGCGUUGAUCAUCUACUACCACGGCAACGGGGAGAUUUGCGAGGAGUACACCAACUGGUCCAACGUCUAUGAGGUGUUUCCAUGCAGCAUGUUGGUCUUCGACUACCGGGGCUACGGCUGGUCCAGCGGCAAGCCCAGCAUGGCCAACCUCCUCAGCGACGCAGAGCAGUGCAUGGAGCAGCUGCCGCUCCUGCUGAAGAAGCACGGGCUGCGCUGGCCCUGGCCAGGCCCGCUGCUGCUGAUGGGCCGAUCCCUGGGGGGCAUGGUGGCCAGUCACCUCAUCAGCACCCAGCCGGAGGCCCGCUUCGAUGGGCUGCUGUUGGACUCAGCCUUCGCCACCUGUGGCCACGAGCGGCUCCAGCAGCUGAAGCAGUGGCUGGGGGCAUCCAGCGAGGCGGACAUGAUGUUUCAGGAGCUCUCGAACGCUCUGCGGCGGUCUUUGCCUGCGGGUGAGCCGGGCCAGGAGCAGCUCCUGAUCUACGGGAGCCAAGACUUCCUCCGGGGCUUCCGGGGCCCUCUGCUGGUCUUGCAUGGGCGCCACGACUUGGUGGUGACGCCUGACAAUGCGAAGAAGCACCUCGAUGCCGCUGUGAACUGCUGUGAGCGCGAACUCAUCGAGUUGGAUGCCGACCACAACUCCAUGGCUGGCGUGACCGAAUUCUGGAAGAGCCAGAUUGCCUUUGCCAAGCGCCAAGUGCGCAGGAAGCAGGAUGCAGAGUAG